AUGGAAAGAGAAAGAAUGUGCGAGUUUUUACAAUUGUUGUAUGAAGAGUUUAAGGUACCUCUUUCCAUGAGUCUUAAACAAGUUCCAUGGGAUCCAAGAAGUGACAGGUUCAAAAUUCAAAGUGAAAUUCUAAAUACCACCUGUUUGGCAUUUGAAACCACUUGCGAACAUUCUCAAACCGAUCUUUUCACAACCCUUCUCUCUUCAAAUAUUUUACACAACGAUUCAUUAACACUGGAAGAGAAAACACUUCACAUUGUGGCUCUUCUCUUUUCUAAUAGUGGUCUUUUAACGAGUUUAUUUUUGACCUUUCGAUUGGAACAAUUAUUUCAAUUGUUACAAAUGGUCGAGGAACAUGCAAACAAUGUUCUUACUAAAAGAGUGAAUGCAAACGACUCUAUUUCACACUUGUUACAACAUGUCAUGAAGAACAUCAAACUGUUGGUUCAAAGAGAGGAUCAUGUCAUUCAAACUCUAUGUCAAGUGUUAUCAAAAAUAUGGAAAAUUUCGAACAUUGACAUUUCAUUAACAAGUUGCUUAAAUGUGUGGAUUCAAGAAACAUGUUUCAAACUCGAUGUAUUUGAAGAGGAGGAGGAAUCACUGAAGACAUUUAUUCUCUCCACCUUUGAAACAAUAUUUUGUCAAUUGUAUUCUUUCUAUCGACCUCAUGAGAUUGAACAAGCGAUGGAACGAACAUGUGAGAAUGGGUGUCGUCGUCAUAUGGGACAUGUUCUUUUGGAAAAUGCUCUUCGAAAUGCAAACGUUUUUGAAAUUGUGUUAAAUACAUCGUUUCAUCAACCAACCUUGAUUGGUCACUUCCAUCACCACAUGAAAGGUUUUAAAAAACGAGAACGAUUUAAAAGUCGACAGCACGAACUGAAUCUUGGUGGAAUCAAUGAGAGGACGGUUAGAGGAGGAGUGACGAGGAAUUACAGAGUUAUCAAUUAUAAAAUCACUGCAAAGGAACCAUCCAUGCCACUCGAAAAGUUGCUGUCACGAAUGGAAGUGUUGAGAAAAUACAUUGGACAGAAGAAGUGUUUGGAAAUGCUGAAAAAUCAUCCAUCAUUUGUUGCUUCGUUGAAAUUAUUCAUGAGAGUUGAAGAAAAAUCUAAUAUCGUGAAGAUAAUGGUUCAUCGAUUGGUGGAGUUGUUGAAAGAGUGGGGAAUGGAAAUGAUGGAAGAGGAAGAACUGGAGAAACAGUUUUGA